AUGAGUGGAAACUCAGAUAUCUCAAGUGAGAAAAGAGAGAAAAAAGCAAAAAAGAUAAAGUUUGAGGACUGGAUGGGCUCAGAUGAAGAAUCUGGAAAUGAUUUAAAGAAAGCCAAGGAAGCCAAAUAUGAUGAUUUGUUCUCUCGUAAAUAAUACGAAGGGAAAAAGGGGCAUUUGCUCCUUUAGCUUCAAAAGUCUUACAAAGGAGAUGAUAGGUUUUAGCUGACUAAAGAUUUCUCUGUCGAAGCUUCUAGAAAGAAAGCAUUACCAGAAGAUAUGUUAGGAGCUAUGAACCAAAGAGAGAUAGACCUACUUAAUGAUAAGAGCGAUUCAAAAGUAGAGAAGAAAAAUAAAGAAGAUUAGGUGAUUGAUGCAUUAGAUGAAAAUUAAUAAUGGGAUCCAGAACUUAAUAUUGAAAAGGAGAAAUAAAAUGCACUUAAGAUAUUGGGAACUAUAGUCCCUUAAUCUGAAAUAUUUUUAAAGACAACCAAUAGUGAAGGCUCAAAGAAUAAGUAACUUCACAUUAAGAGAUUUGAUCCAAAAAGAUCCAGUACCUAACAUUUAUUGAAAAAAGAGGAGGUGAAAACUGAGGAGGACUAAAAGAGGGAAGAUAGCAAGAACGAAGUUAUUUAGAAGCUGGAAAUAAUCCAUAAAAACACUUAUAGCUAUAAGAGCAAUGAUUAUGAAAUUGAAUCAGAUGAACAUGCUGAAAUUGAUUCGAAGAAAGUUGUCGAUAUUAAAUCCUCGUCAUGGAAGAAUAUUAUUAGCAAAAAUGAAAAAUCUCAGAAGCAAUAAAACGAAGUUAAGGAUUAAUAGCACACUGAAAAUAACAGUGCUGGUUUUUUCUUGAGUUUUGAAGACGUUUCAACUGUUAAAACUAAUAUAGUGAAAAGUAAAGUGAACAAAAAUUAGGACUAAUAAAAGAAAGUUAAAGAAUAAGAAUUGGCAAAGGAAGUCGAGAAGAAGCAAGAUAAUGGUAAAAAAAGGAAAAAUAAAGAGAUUUAAGAAGAUGAUCUUGAAGAUAGUAAUAAGAAUGAUGAAAAUGCUGAGAAAGGUUAGGAAGUUAAUAAUGUUGAAUAGAAGUAAGAUGAGAAAAAGAAACUAAGUAAAAAAGAAUAAAAAGAAAAAAAUGCAAAGGAAGAGAAAUUUAAGAAACAAAAAGAAGAAAAAUUAAAUGUCCCAUUUGAGGAGCUACCUAACAGAUUAAAAAAGAGAAUUGAAAAAAGGAAUGCUAAAAGAUUAGAGUUAAAGGCAUAGAGAAAGCUUAAAAUCAAUUUGGAUUAACCCUUAGACACUCUAGUAGAUAAGUACAGGAAAAUAUAUGGAAAUACUAUGGAAGAGGAGAAAAUUUAGGAGUAUGUAAAGUAUUAAAAGCUAAUUCAUGAUGCCAAACAAAAACACAAAAAGAAGAUCAAGGCUGACAGAUGA